GGUUCACUCUGAGCCGAGGCUUGCCCCACCCCAUCGCCGCCUCGCUCGCGCUCCCCUUCCUCGCUCGAUUUUAAUAUUAAAAUCGCCCCCCCCGUCCUCCUUCGUGGGGAAAUGCAGGAAAGAGGAAGGAAAAUUAAAUAGGGAGUGGGGUGGGGGGGAGCGCGGAAGGAAAGCUCCCCAUAGGAGAGUUAUUUUUGUUUUGGGGGAGGAGAUCCACACUGCGUUUUCCUCUCUGCUGCCUCUUUCCUCCUCCUUCUCCUCCCCCCCCCCACGUCCCCUUUACCCCUCGUCUCCCCGCAUUUGCCGGAGAGGCGAGAGCCGAUCGAGCCGCCUGGAAGCCGAAUGUGAAUAAGCAAAAGGGCGAGGAAGAGGAGGAGGCCCUUGGAUUUGUACAAACCACCAUUAGGGCAGGAAGACGCGCAGCAGCGGCCGCCGCACCGCAGGCUGGAGAGGAGGAGGAAAAUCUACCCAGCCCAGCCCGGAACGCAGAAGGGACUCGCCUUUGCCUGCCCGACGCCGCGGAAAGGUUAGCGGUGACCCUUUCGGGCGCUUCACCCACUUUGCAGGAGGCGCCUUGGAAGGGGAAGCCGCCAGGCUGAGGAGGAGACCGAGAGAAAACGGGCAAUUUUAGCAAAAAAAAAAAAAAAAAAAGGCCAGCUAAAGAAGAGGGACGUUGCUAGAGCCUCGGUGCCCGGAAUUGGGAGGGUCUCCCCCCCUCCCCCGCCGGCUUUCUGGAGCUUGUUUCUGCUGCUGCCUCGAUCCUGAAGGAUUAUAUGUAAAGUGAAGAAGACAAUUUUGCUUUUAUUCUGUUCCCUCACCGCCGGCGGAGGUGGCGUGGAAGCUGGAGAUAUUUAAAGAAAAACCCACCCAGAUUUGGUGGUGGCGGCUCUCCCUGCGGGGUUUGGGGGGGCGAAGGAAGAAAAGGGAAGCCAAUUUUUAACCCGUGAUCCUUCCCCCUUCGGGUGGCUGCCGACCUCCCUACGUUCCCUGCCCCCCUCCCUAAUUGCCUCCCCCCCUCCUGUGUUUGUGUGUGCGCGCUUUUUUUAAUUGGGGGGGAAAAAUCUGCAUUGCGAGCGGAUUCUGGCGGCGGUGUAGGGGAGAAGGAGGUGAAGGCCCGGCUUGAGCGGUAGCAAAGUCAUCGCUCCCCCCCCCUUUCCCCGGCCCCCACCCCGUUGUCGGCUCCGGGCUCUCCAUGUCUCUGGGUAGCGACAGCUGUGCGUGAAAGAAUAAUAUUGAAAGGGAGCAAGGAGACUCGCCGCCGCCUCGCCCGCGACCCUCGAUCGCUUCCUGCUUCCCCUCCUUUUCCCCUUCCCCCUCCCCCUCCAUUGCACCCCCCAAGAUGGGCUGUUUAGGGAACAGCAAGACUGAGGAUCAGCGCAACGAGGAGAAGGCGCAGCGAGAGGCCAACAAGAAGAUCGAGAAGCAGCUGCAGAAGGACAAACAGGUCUACAGGGCCACGCACAGGCUCCUCUUGCUGGGUGCUGGCGAAUCGGGUAAAAGCACAAUUGUCAAGCAAAUGCGGAUCUUGCACGUCAAUGGGUUUAAUGCAGAGGAGAAAAAAAUGAAAAUUCAAGACAUUAAAAAUAAUAUUAAAGAAGCUAUAGAGACAAUAGUAACAGCGAUGGGAAACCUGGCACCACCAGUGGAACUAGCUAAUGCAGAGAACCAGUUUCGAAUUGAUUAUAUAUUAAACUUAGCAAAUCAGAUAGAUUUUGACUUCCCACCAGAAUUCUAUGAACAUACAAAAACACUUUGGCAAGAUGAAGGUGUGAAAGCGUGCUAUGAAAGGUCUAAUGAAUAUCAGUUGAUUGACUGUGCACAGUAUUUCCUAGACAAGAUUGACAUAGUCAAACAAAAUGAAUACACACCGUCUGACCAGGACCUUCUUAGAUGCAGAGUUCUGACAUCAGGAAUAUUUGAAACCAAGUUUCAAGUGGACAAAGUAAAUUUCCAUAUGUUUGAUGUUGGUGGGCAAAGAGAUGAACGUCGAAAAUGGAUCCAGUGUUUCAAUGAUGUAACUGCUAUAAUAUUUGUGGUAGCCAGCAGUAGCUAUAACAUGGUUAUACGAGAAGACAAUCAGACCAACCGGCUUCAAGAAGCAUUAAACCUCUUCAAAAGUAUCUGGAACAACAGGUGGCUACGGACCAUUUCAGUUAUUCUUUUCCUGAACAAACAAGAUUUGCUAGCAGAGAAAGUUUUGGCAGGCAAAUCAAAAAUUGAAGAUUACUUUCCAGAAUUUGCUCGUUACACCACACCAGAAGAUGCAACACCAGAACCUGUCGAGGAUCCUAGAGUUACAAGGGCCAAGUAUUUUAUUAGAGAUGAAUUUCUUAGAAUCAGCACAGCCAGUGGAGAUGGACGGCAUUAUUGCUACCCUCACUUCACCUGCGCCGUAGAUACAGAAAACAUUCGGAGGGUUUUCAAUGACUGUCGGGACAUUAUUCAAAGGAUGCAUCUUCGUCAAUAUGAGUUGUUGUGAUGGAGCGCACAUUUUCCCUCUGUUUUGGACUCCUUCCUUAUUAAAAAGAAAAAAAAAACCUGGCCCACAUAGGGUGGAAGAGAACUGUUGCAGUCUCUCUCUCUGAUUUGCAUCCCUCAGUCUUUUUUCCGUGCUGGAUAAAGAGCAGCAUUUCUAAGCUGUCUUGUUUCACCCCCUUGGAACGGUCGGAAAUAGUCCCUGCAAAAGGCUAUUUCUGCGGUCAGGGUGAGGUUUCUCUCUCUAACACGGCCCUUAACGAAACAAAACCCAAACAUGCAAACAAAAGAAUAACGCCGAAGGGUGAAGCACCUGAGAGGAUUUGGGAUUUCAAUUAAAUAUUUAAAA